GCAGAGCAGCACCUACCGCCUUCCCGACGAGCGCCUGCUCGAGCUCAUCACGCCCGAGCGCGCGCGAGAGACGAAUCCGGCCGCGAGGCUUCCCCUCCACGCCGCCGCCGCCUACACCGACUCCGAGGCGGUAAUUCGCCGGCUCAUUGAGGUACACCCCGAGGCUGCUCGCUCGCGGACCGCGAUCCUCGGGGAGCUCCCUCUACACGAGGCCGCGCGCUGCACCUCGUCGCCCGACGUCAUACUCGCCCUCAUCGAAGCCUAUCCAGACGGUGUCCGCGAAGCCAACCGGGCGCGUUCCCCAAAACCGCUCCGCCCCGCUUCGGCCUCUCAAGCAGCCGACUUUGGUUGCCGCAGCCACACACACACCCGAGCGGUUUCUAUCACUCCCGCGCCCAGGCUGACGAGACGCCGCUGCACAAGGCCGCCUACAACGUGUUUCUUCCGGUCGUCCGCGCGGUACUGGAGGCGUACCCCGAGGCGCUGCACAUGGCGCAAGCGGCUCCAGCCCAUACCGGCCCCACACCGGGGCGUAUCGCCGAGCUGCAUAACCGCAAUCCGGACGUGGCCGCGCUGCUGCACGAGCGCGCGGCGAGGUUCGGCUGGUUCGCUCGCUUCCCUCGCUUCCUCUCCUUUGCCUGGUGAUGCCCGUGUGGCGUCGCGCCCUAGAUCUGAGCGGGCAUCUCCCGGCCCGCCUUCCCUAGUCCAAUGGCAUCCCUGCUCAGCUAUAGUUCAGUUGUACGAUGAUGCGCGAGAUUGCGCACGCACACGCUCCUAUCAUCAUGGGGUGUUGCAUGAAUCUUGACACUCGAGAGUGCAGUCGAGGCAUAUAUGCCUCGAGUGCAUGUGUGCACCGUGCGCGAGCUCUGUGAUACAAGAGAUGGUCUGCAGUUACACAAUACCUCAUUUUCAAUAGCUUGCGACAUGCAAACUC